GUUUGCGAUAGACGCCAUCUUGGUUGCUAAUACACAUACAAAAGUUUCAGAUUUUUAAAAAUGGGUAAAAAAGAUAAGCCACCAAAAUCAGCCCAAGGGAAACAGAAGCUGAGUAAAGCUGAGAAAGAAAAGUUAAAAGCUGAGGAAGAAGCACGGAGAGCUGAAGAAGAGGAGGAGAAUAGAAAGAAAGCAUUAGAAGAAGAAAAAGAGAGAAAGGUUAGACAAAAAGAACAGGAAGCAGAAAGAAAACAACAGGAAAAUGAGGAAAAGAAAACACGAAUGAUUGAGAUGACACAACUAGACCAGUUACAAGAGGCUAACAGGGAAGCUUUACAUAACUUACAUGACGAAAGAAGGAAGAAAGCUAAGUGGGCCAGAUAUAUGAGAUGUGAUGGUUCCCCAGAUCCAACUGUUCCAGGAGAAAUUAACACCUAUAUCAAUCUGAGGCUGGAGGACAAUGAGGUUGAUUCCAUAGAACAAGUCCUCAAGAAAUGUGAAUUAGAUAGCUCUCUGAUAAAUGAACUUGAAUAUCUGUUAGAAGACACACCAAAAGAAGAACUAACAGACAGAGAUAAGGCCAAUUAUAAAGAGACUAUGGGUGAAUUACAGACCCUUAUGAAACUAAAGGUAGAUGGGGCAACACUCCGACUUUUACAAGAGGCCACUGAUAGAGCCGAUCCAGAAACAUUUAAUUUACAGUAUGCCAUCAAGACUGAUGACGUUACUCUAAGUGUGUGGGGUAAUCUCAGCAAAAAUCCUAGGAUAAAGUCAUUUGAAUUUACCAAACAAGGCCUUACCUUUGAGAUACCAAGACAACAGACACUGUCAGAUUGUGCUGUCAGGGUAUUGGAUCCUAAGUAUGACCACUAUUCUCCAACAUGUAAAAGUUUCUACCCCAGACAGAAGGUUAAAGAAGUCCCAGUAGUAGCAGAGCCUGCUCCAGAGGAACAAACGGAGGAGAAGAAGGAAGACGAGGAAGAAAAGAAGGAAGAAGAACCAGAACAAGUAGAAAAAGAAGAAACUGAUUUAAAUGCCUAUCUGAAGGACCUUAAUGAGGAAAAUAAAGAAGAAGAAGAGGCUCCAAAGGAGGAAGAAAAAGUGGAAGAGGUGAUAGAGGAAUAUGAAAAUCCUAAAACACCAGAGCCAGUAGAAUGGGAAGAUUUUGAAGAGGAUGAUGAUGUGAUUGAUUUACGAGCAUACAACAUUGUAGGAGGGGUAUUCCAUUUUGACUUGAUGCAACUUCCACCUCAACCAAAAGUCUGUAAUAAAUGGACUAUCACCAGACUGGUGGAUCCCCCAGAGAUAGAGUACAUAGACUACGUAGCUGAUACAGUAGCUACGUCUCCUAAAGAAAACCAGAGUUCUGGAAACACCCCUACACAGGCUGACAAGAGAGAUGAAAAACCAGCCAUUGGUGUAAUGAUGAAGUUACCAGAAGAUGUUUUGUUUUGUGAGGAGCCUCUAGUGGCCAGAUGGGAUCAUAAACGUAAACACUGGAGACAGGAUGGGUUUACUGAUCCAAAAUAUAAUGAAGAGAAUAGAACAUUCAGUUUUAAGACAGCUUAUUAUGGUAACAUGGCUUUACUACAAGAUACCCAUCAGAACAUGCCAUUCCAGUGCUGGGACAUCCGACCACAUAAAACUAAUGCUGCUGUAUUCUCCAUCACUGCUGCUAUAGCCGAGAUUGAAAUAGAAAUUAAGGAUGCUAUGUGUUGUUUAUCUAAAUAUAAACCUGAAGAAAGACCAGAGUUGGAUCAUAUCAUGAAUAAGUGGGUCACACCAAAGGAACUUAUAAAGCUGAUGAGAUUAGCCGGUGUAAAUGUGUUCCCCGCUGAAGAUUCCUCUAAAUAUGUCAGUAUUCGUAACAAACACCCAAUCAUAGUGGAUAAACUGUACCAGCAGAUAGCUCUCACUGCCUCCGCCAUGGCUUUCUCUUCCUCUCGGUGGAAUAAUGAGGAGGAUGAAGAAGAGGAAGAGGAGGGAGAGAAGAAGGAAGGAGAAAAAGAAGAGCCAGUAGUAGGAGGAGGAAAAUCAGAAAAAGUAUUAUUCCAAGCCUUUGAACCACUUGCAGAUGAGCCUGUUACUGAGGAUGAAUGGAAUAUAUUUAUGAUGACAAAGACCAGAACAAUGGUGUUAGAGUUAAAGGAAGAUAGUGAUGCAUAUAAUGAGGAUAUUAAAGUGGAUUCUAAGUUCCGAUCCAACUUGUACCAUUUAUCCCGAGAAGAGUUUUGUUCCAAUGAAGGACAGUCAAGGAUUGAUGAGACAAGUUUUGAAUUUGUAGAUUGUGUUUACCAGUUAUUAUCAGCCACAAAAGUUGUCACAUACUCAUUGUAAUUCUGUUUAAUUUGUUUUAUAAGAAAAUAACAUAAAAGCAUGUUAUGAACUUUUGUAAAACUCUAAAUUUAGGGAAGAAACAUUAAGUUUAUAUUUGUUUCAUGAUUAAGAAUUUGUGAAAGUUAAAUAAAUUUGUUGGUAACAGCUGUAAGAUGCCAAUUUGUUCUUAUGUAUUAUUUACAGUAUUGUAUUUUAAUGAUGAUAUGGCACUUGUUUAAAUACUAAUUUUAAAAAGACAUAGUAUGACAGUGCUAUCUUUGUUUUUCAGAACAAUCUUUAACCCUGUACAGGAUAAGUAUUCAGAACACGACAGUCCCUUAUCACCUCUCAAUAUGUUUGCAAUGAAUUAAAUGUUAUGUUUUACAAUACAAGAACAGUA